AUGUUCUCCGGGAAGCAUGGUCCCGAAGCACCUAAAAUACCCAAAUCAUUACGGCUAUCAAGGCAUUAUUUACCUCCUCCAAUCGCGAAUUCUACCAAUCAUUCUCCCAACACUUCUUCAAACAAUGGUUUGAUCACUCCUAAUAGCGUUUAUGGUACAACUUCAAAUGGUAACAAUCAAUAUAAUCCAAUAAAAACUGAACAAUCAUCAUCAAAUCCAUCCACUGAUAACUUUAAUAAUCACAACAACGCAAGCAACAACAAUAAUACUAACGGAAAUAAUAAUAAUCGUAAAUCAUCUACAUCUGCAACAACUACUCCGAUCACAUCACCCUCAAAAAACCCCCAAGAUCUUGUAGUUGAAACUCAUAUUCAAGGAAAACCACCGUAUUCUUACGCCACUUUAAUCACUUAUGCCAUCACAAAUAGUCCAAAUAAACAACUCACAUUAAAUGAAAUCUAUAAUUGGGUAAUGGAAAAUUAUCCUUAUUAUAAAACUGCUGGAAGUGGUUGGAAGAAUUCCAUAAGACAUAAUUUAUCUUUGAACAAAACAUUUGUACGUGUUCCUCGUCCUAUCAAUGAACCUGGCAAAGGAUCUUAUUGGAAGUGA